CAGGCUCUUUUAACGAUGGCCGCGGUGAGUAGGGCCCAUUUGCUAUCGUUCGAGUGUGUUUUAGUACCCUGAAGCUGCUAUCUGCUUUUAGCCAGCGAAACAGCACGCCUAAACAAAGAUCUAAUGCACAUCGAAUGACUGAUUUGGCGGGAAAUGACCGAGUGAUACGGUUGGUUUGUAAAGAGUUCUCAGUCGCUGUUCUUUUUGCGUUCGGACGGUGGUGCGUUUUUCUCAAGUUUUUCAACUUCUUCACCCCAGUUUUAGUCCUUAUGGAAAGAAUAAUAGUCUUUAUGGAAAGAAUAACAUUCACUGAACGUUAACAGGAUCAGUUGUUGGCUUAAUUGGAGUUCAAAGCUGGUUUAAAGGAUUUUAUUUGGCUUUUGUCCGGGGAUAUUCCUCGCAAUGAAGUGAGCAACGAGAGUUGAAGUGGCGAAUUUAAAGUCACCAUCUAUCCUUGAUAACCAUUUAUUUGCUCAGGAAAUCAUCUAGUAUAUUUAUCAUAACUACGUGAUUCAGGAUGAAUUCUGAAUUCAGCUCAAAGUCCCCAUUUAGUCCUUCGCUAUCAUCCGAGAGGCUAAAUUCUUCGAGUUCGAAUCCUUCGUCGCCAUCUCUUGUGCGAGAUACUCUUGCUACGGAUCUACAUACUCAGUUAAUUGAGCUGCAGCGUGAAAAUGCACGCCUCCAGAAGGACAUUGAAGCGAAAGAGACUAAAUUAAACUCUAGUAUGAGGAGCAUUAAGAUGUUUUGGAGCCCGGAAUUGAAAAAGGAAAGAGCCGCAAGAAAAGCUGAGGCGGAAAAAUUUGCGAGGCUGAAAGAACAAUUCAACGUAGUUUCCGAGGAGUCCCAGCAAAGGACUGAGAUCAUCCAAGAUCUUCAAAUACAGCUGAAGCAGUGCAAGGAAGGUAGUGAAGCAUCCACUAUAAGAAAAUCAUCUACAGCAUCAUCACACAGCUUUCUAUCUUCACAAGAGGACAUUCAUCGGGAGGUAGAAACUCUAAGACAGGAGCGUGAACGACAGGAAAAUGAAAGCUAUGUGUUGCAGAAAUCGCUUGAUGAAUUAAGCAUAAGGUUGGAGAACCAACAACAGGCAAUCAAGGCUAAGGACGAGACUAUAGCAAGACUAAUGGAGAUGUUACAGAACAAGGGGCAAGUAUCAGACUCUGGGAAGAAAGAGGAGGACAAUUACAAGAAGAAGCUUGCUGAAGUGGUUUCUGAGGUGGAGCACUUGCGGGAUGGAAUCAGUGAGAGGGAUAGGGCGAUAACGGCAUUGCAGGAGGAAAUGGAUCAUCUGCGAAUCAGCAAUGUGAGUGAGGAGCUACAGCAGUCAGCUAACAUGCUUGCCAAGGAGAGCCAAAUUGCAGAUUUGACACACCAAGUAUCAAUACUGGAACAACAAAUAGCAGACCUGAAGGCCAACAGUAGUAUUUCUAAUGAGGACAAAAAACAAGCCGAAGUUUAUCAAAGCCACUCACAGUUUUUGAAAGCAAAGGUUGAGUCUCUGAAGUCAGAAGUCGCCAAAAAAGAAGCAGCACUUGGUGCAGCGGAAACCAAGCUAGACACCUUCAAAGCUCAUCAGUCUGAUCAGCAACAGCACAUCAGUGUGUUACAGUCUUCCUUACAGGCCAAGGACCAUCACAUCAAGAAUCUACAGAGUGAGCUGGAGUCGUUACGUGUCCGUUUAGAUGAAAGAGAAGCCUCCUUGAAGAACCAGGAGAAACAGAUGCAGUCCAUGUCCUCCGAACACUCUGAGAACUCCUUUGCUGUGGAGAACUUAAAGAGUGUUAUUGAAACCAAGGAGAGGCAGCUAGCUACAUUACGCGAAAGAUGUGAAACUCUACAUACUGAGAUAGGCGAUAAAGAGGCCACCUUGGCUAGCACGAAGGGGCAGUUGGCAGCCCUACGAGCGGAGCACCAAGACUCUGCAUCUACCAUUAGCAGCCUAGAAGCGACGAUACGCGACAAGGACAGGUACAUCGAGAUGCUUCAAGCCCAGCGGCAACGCAGCGGCAAGGAGCAGCAGGAAGAAGUAUCCACCGUCCAGAGGAACUACGAGCGGUUAGAGUCCAGAUUGGAAGUCAUGAAGGAAGAGAAAUCAAGGCUUGAGGAGACGAUAUCUACCCAUAGGAAGGAACUUAUUGAGCUGAAGUCGUCGGUCAAAGAGAAGGACGUGCGGUUAGAUGUGAUGGAGCAGAAAAACGCAAGACUGGAGCGAGACCUCGAAAAGAGUGUGGACAGUAAGGAGGAACUCGCGUCCGAGCUGAGCAGCAAGAAAUUGGAGGUAUCCAAGUUAGAGAAAGAGCUGCGCACAGCCAUGCAGGAUUUGGAUAACUCUAAGGUCCAAAAGGAAAACGAAAAAAGCGAAACCAUUCUCAAACUAAAGGCAGACAUCCAAGCGAAGGAUGAACAGAUAGAGGAGUUGGAACGACAACUGAAAGAGCAGAACAAGAAGUUGACGACCAUUAAACGCAACCAGCAGUUAGAGCGAGAGAAACAGGCACAACUACUAAACGACGUGAAGAAACAGGGCAACGAGCAUGACGAGAGAGUUGACGAAAUCAGGAAAGAACUCAAGACGAAAGAAGAGCGAAUAGCGGUACUAGAAGAAGCCCUGACUGAAAGCGUGACGAUAGCGGCCGAGAGGGAGGAACUAUUAGCUCAGCAGGCGAACAGCGCCGAGUCCGCUACCCAGAGGGUGGAGGAUAUCGAGACGGAGCUCGAGAGGAGCCACAUAGAGAUGGCCAUCACGAACACUAAGAACGCGUCCCUAUUACUGGCGCUGAAUGAGAACGACGCUAUCUUGAAUUACUACAAGUCUGAACGACGACAUAUGGUGGAGGAGGUAUUGGAAAUGAGACAAAACGCGUUAUUGGCGACGAUAUCUGAGAAGGAUGCGAACAUCGCGCUCUUGGAGAUCGGUCCGACCAAAAACAGCGAGCAGGAAGUGGCGAUACUCAAACGAGAGAAGGACAAACUGGUCACUGAGCUCAAAGACCAGACUCAAAAGAGGAUGACUCUUAUAUCAAACGAAGACAAUAGCAAAGAGGUUCAUUUGUCAACAGAACUCGCUCAGGCGCCAAAGGAUAAGGUGUUGGAUGCAGUUGGGCUGAUCGAAGACAGCAUGGAAAAGCUGCAGUUGUACGGAGAAGACCUGCUAGACGUGGCGAAAAACCACUUCCCCGACGUGGUGAGAAAACUCAGCAAACCCCCACCGCGUGAUUACGGCAAGUACGAGAACAUCAUCAACGAUGCGUCGCAGAAAGAGCGUCUUGCAUUCCUGGAAACCUUAGAGAAAGACAUGCAGGCCUUGCAGGACUAUGUGCACAAGCUUCUUGAGCUCAUCGAAGAAUCAAGCGAAUAAAAAUAUACAAUGUAAUAAGUUAUACAAUGAGCUACAAUUUGAUUCUGAUAUCCUCUGUUUCCCCAUGUGUCAUCCCCAAGUCUACUGCAUUGUAUACGAGCACUCAAGCAACAGUUAACUAUAUUUUGCGAUCUUCUUGAGUAACAUACCAAGGGAGAUUGACGGCUACUUACAUGGCAGGCAAGUCAGUGCGCGGGUCUUGGUAUGUUCAACUCAAGUGCUGAUGAUAAUCGAUACGGUACGGUCCAGAACAAAAGCAGUGUGGAAAUCUUCUUGAGAAAUCUGCCACAAAAUGAUUGAUGGUAGCCACGACGGUAGAGUCAGUGAGCAGGUCGUGGACAGUUCAUCGCACAUGUUCUUAGAACCGGUUCUGCGCGGUUCAGCGCAAAUUACAGUGAGGAAAUCUUUUGAGAAAUUAAUCAAGGAGAUGAAUUGCUAAUAUUUGGACGGCAAGUGGGCGUGGCUUUGACAGCUCACUACCAAGGGAGAUUGACGGCUACUUACAUGGCAGGCAAGUCAGUGCGCGGGUCUUGGUAUGUUCAACUCAAGUGCUGAUGAUAAUCGAUACGGUACGGUCCAGAACAAAA